AUGACGGCAGCUAACCUACCACCCAUCACUUGGCACAUUGGUGAUUACGAAAUUGAAUCUCUUUGUUCCGCAAAGGACAAAUACUCCAUUGAACGCUUGUUCUCUGCUGUCGAAUCGCAUGAUGUGACUGUGGUCAAAACUUUCACGAAUGAGCAGCUCCGCAAUUUAUGUCGAAUCCGUCGACUGUUCCACUCGGAAUGGUCGGCACCGGCAGAAGAAAAGCAAACCGCCUACCAGCGUGCUUGCUUUCUCGGCUACACGGAUAUCGUACAAUGUAUGCUGGAAGCCGGUAUAAGAGUGGAUCAGGAAUUCACGCCUGUUUUUCACGGUGUUUCAGCGUCUGGUGGUACCAGAGAUAUCCAGCGAAGUGCCUUCAUGUUCGCCUGUCAUUCGGGUUCAGUGACCACAAUUCGUGCAUUGUUACAAGCUGUCUCGAGUGACUACGCUGAGCAUUAUAAAUGCAGGAACAGAAUAGCCACGUGUUCUUCCUCCUUUGCCAAGCAAUAUUUAAUUCCACAAGGAAGUUGGGUCGAAGAAUCUUUAAAUAAAUGUAGCUUAGACCAAUCUUCUUCAAUUGCAAAUAGUUUCGAACUUGUCUUUCCUAUUCACUUCGCCAUUGCUCAAGAUAAUUUGGAAAUGGCACGACAAAUAGUCACAUCUUCCAACAAUGAGCUAGACACACAUAACAGCUGGAAGCCCGUUCAACAUGGAGGCUUUACUCCUUUGCAUAUUGCCUGUUUGUUCAAUCGAUCCGUUGCCAUGGUUGAAUUAUUGCUUUCGCUUGGUGAAGGUGGAGGUAAUCCUCUGCUUCAAACAAGCAAUGAAGGCAUGUUUGCUGAUCAAAUGGCAAGUGAUAGAACACUUAUCAAGUAUCUCCGUCCAAAACGUUUCUGCCUUACGGCCGCAAUGGAACGAGAACGCUUGAACGACUUGGAAGAAAUGCAGUCAGGGAAACCCUAUGAAAUUUUCAUCAGACCACUCUCAGGACAGACAUUAACACUCACUGUCACGGGUCACACGACGACCGCCGAACUCGGAGCAUACUUUCAGAAUGAAUGCGGUAUUCCACUGGAGCGGCAAAAACUUCUCUUCAAAGGUCAGCCGAUUCCAACCUGUGGAGAAAUACUACCUCUUGUACACUAUAGCAUAAAAAAAGAUUCAGUUCUAGGUAUUAUAUGGCGAAAUCCCAAAUGA